AUGGGAGAUCAGGACGCCGGUGAACCCUUCCUGGGCAUAGUGGCUGGCGGUGCCACUGACUACGAAGGAGCUCUGCCCUCCGACACGGUGUCGCUCAGCGACUCCGAUUCUGAUGAUCUGGGGUUACCAGAUGAGGCAGAAGUUGAUACAAUAUCUCCUGAGGAGCCAUCUGUAGAUGAUGGGGAUUACAGACCAAGAGAGACCUCCAACUCUUCAAACAGCAGUCACAGAUCUCCUGUCCAGCCGUUCCACCUGCGGGGCAUGAGUUCUACCUUCUCUCUCCGUAGCCAGAGCAUUUUUGAUUGCCUGGAAGAAGCAGCCAAGUUGUCUGUGCCCUCACUGGCCGAAGACAACGUUGUUGAUGGGAGGUUUAAGCGCCCGUUGCCUCCAACCACGGUGUCAGAAAACCUGGGGAAGCAAGCCAAACCAGCGCAGGCUCCCAAAAGCUCCCCUGCAGUGCCUGACUACGUGGCACACCCAGAGCGCUGGACCAAGUACAGCCUCGAUGGAGUUUCAGAGUCUAGUGACAAGACAAACAGGGCAGUGGCCAUGGAAUUUCUAGAGGGUUUGAAGAAAAGAGGAGGGGAACAAAGCUCCCAAGAUAGCUACACCCCAUAUUUCAACCAGGACCCUUCCAGCUGUGGAGCUGGGAGGAUUGUCUUCACCAAACCAGCCAAAAGGGGUGUGGAUGGACUGGAAAAGAACGCAUCAGCAGGGGAGGAUGAUAAGAAACACAUGAAAAUAGAUCUGAAAGGAAAAUCUUUGAAGAAGACUGAUGACUCGCGAGAGGAAGAUAAAGUGGAGCUGAGGCACUUAGAUGGUGGAAGUGGAAGGGCAGCAGAGGAGGAGGAGUGUGUGCUAGCGGGCAGCCUCGGUACAGAAGAUAAGCUCCCUGCGAGGUUUGGUGGCGCAGGUGAAGAGCCAUCGGUAGAAACAGUUGGAUUCCAUUGCAGUAAGAAGAAGAACAGGAAAAAUUUCCGCCUUAAAGUGGAUGAUGAAGGGGAGGAGGAAGAGUCCUGA